AGCAAAAUCUACAGGCUAGCUCUACCUCUUCCUUAUCCUUUAUUAUACAUGGUCGAUUCUUAGUUUAUUAGCCAGGUCAACUCUUAACGGCCUCUGAAUAAUUGCUCUAUUAAUUCUCUUGAUGAGCACUGAUGAACUGUCAUUUGAAUCGGAGAGAUAAGUUUUUGGUCUUCCCUUUUGAUUUUUAUCAAUGCAGAUUUAAGAUGGUAUUAAAUGCUAGAUGCUUUACGUUUAGUGUCCUGGCAAGUGCUUUGGCUUCUAAUUUCGUUGGGUUGUCUUCUUCAAACUACGGUGGAAAUAUAAAGGAUGGUUAACAUGGGAAACACGUAGAAGAGUGCCCUUCUUUUGUCAUCUUCAAUCUUCCUCUUCUCUUCAUUGCCAUAGCCAACGUGGUUUGUGUAACCACGUUCAACUUUCCAGUUUCUUACAUCAUAGGCAAGGAAGGGUACCUUCCCCUCCCCCACACACCACCCCCAGCCAUAUAGGCACAAGCCACACGAAAAGAAAGGAAAAUAUCUUCAACCUAUCAUCAAUGAGGAGUAUAGCGACCUGCUACAGUGAACAUGCCAUCAAAGUUUCCGAUUCAUAUUGCUCAGGUCCUUCAAACCAGGCCUAUGUCUCCCCAAACAUUACAUCUUCGAUCCCAGAUACAGUUUCCUGUACAUACAAAGUGAGAAACUCCCCUCAAAAGCACCUCUUGAUCACCCUCACUUGGUGCAACAAAUUCAUAUUCCAAGGCCUCAACAUCAAUAUUAGCAGUGAUAACGUCUCUUCUCCUUCAAGAAAAGGUGCUGAUUCCGGCCACCAGCUUCAAGAAAUUAAAGGCACCAGCGCAUUCCAAUCUCGCAAUUCAAAGAUUGAAGUCUUUUGGGAUCUGUCCGCUGCUUAUUUUGAUGCAGGCCCUGAGCCGAUCAGAGGGUUUUAUGUUGUUGUUUUGGUGGACUCAGAAUUGGGUCUAGUCCUCGGAGAUAUCAAUCAUAAUGAAGUAGUCAGCACAAAAUAUUCGAAGACAAGACUGCCACCACCGAGGCCCUCUCUGGUUUCUCGAAGGGAGCAUUUCUCAGGCAAGACAAUGUAUUCAACCAAGGCACAAUUCUGUGAUACAGGAAAAGCUCAUGACAUCUUGAUAAAGUGCGGUGGAGAUCAAGAAGAUGGAUCAAAGAACCUAGUUUUGUCAGUGUGGAUUGAUGAUAAGAAGAUUUUCCAAGUUAAGAGAUUAAGGUGGAAUUUUCGAGGGAAUCAGAUAAUAUUCUUGGAUGGUUUACUGGUGGAUGUGAUGUGGGAUUUGCAUGAAUGGUUCUUCAAGGAAGAAUCUGGGUGUGCUGUUUUCAUGUUCAGGAUUAGAAGUGGGUUGGAUAGCAGGCUCUGGCUGGAGGAGGAGGACAAGAAUCUGGAGCACAAGGGACAAGAGAGGCCUGAGUUCUCACUGUUGAUCUGUGCUUGUAAGAACCCUGGGUGAUUCUUUCUUUGGACUGUACAAUAGCGUUAACCAUCCUCUCAUCACCUUGUUCUAAUCAAACAACCUGUAAUUACUGGGAUUUGUAAACUUCUGAGAUACACAGCAACUAGGCUAACUUUUCUGUUUGUUUGUGUGAUCAUUUCUUUUUUUUUUUCUUUUUUUAUAUGUA